CGAUCAGUCCGUGCAUUGGAAUCAUGACGUAAAAGUACCACGACAGAAUAUGAAACGAAAACCCGACAAACAAAUCUCCGAGCGAAGCGUGGUACUACGUAAGAGGAAACUCUUCUAUACCGCUUUAGCAACCAAGGCGCCAUCGCAAAGCCCAAGUGGGACGAAGAGACAAAUUUAAGGUUGUUACUAUAAACAUGGCCAAACGUUUCGUCGAUCGAGCCGGCCGCACCGACCACAUGAAACGGCACUUCAGGAUUAAGAUCUGCGCAUUAUGCCUACCCCUGGUCGUGGCCCGCGUUAUGCAGUCGAUGUUAAGGCUCCCGCCAAAUACUCUGGAGGAUUCUAGAUCCAAGUGCCGGCCCGGGUUGAAGCGCCUCGCUAGUUUUCGCAUCUAUUCUAUAUUAACUCUGUGUUGACAUCUCGGUCCAGCCCUAUUCCACUGGGUGUAGU